AUUAAGUGAACACUUUUGGACACUGGUGGAUGUUUCAUUGUCAUGGAUUAUUGCACAGUUUCAAAAGAAUAAGGUCUGUUGUGCUGUACAAAGCGAAGUCUGCAAUUUGAUGCAUCUGAAAACUUAGAGGAAUAUUAAGUAUUGUUCUGACCUUUGCAAUAUUGUUUAAUGAGCAGGUGCUGUUAACAACAAAACUUCAUGUUAUAAAAUUCCCAGUCAAAACUAUCAGAAAGUUUUGUUGCCAACACCGGCGUCAGUCGAAAGCUAGUGCCAAACAGUUGAACUCUUUGCUAUAUUCUCUUGGGAUUCCCCUUUGAAAGAGAUACAGGCAUUUCAUACCUUGGUGAUUCAGGGAUAUGGAUCUUUGUUGUUGCCUAGGGCACUCAUGAAUGAAACAUUCAACUCCCCCGUAACAAACAAUCUUGAACUGUCAUAUUCUUUUGUAAUGAUUCAGUCAUCCAUAGGAUUCGCCCAAGAUUUUAAAGCUCUGAUUCCAUGUUUGACUUUUUAAAAGUUGACUCAGAAAAACUGAGCUUAUUUUUGGCUCCCUAUCAUCGCCUCAUUAUCCUCUAUCAUCACUUCAAAGGAGUUUUGACUUGCUCAGGAACUCAGUUUAGAUUUACUCUAACUCUUCCUGUCCUCCCCCGGCUACUUGUCUCCUUUUGUCGCCAAAGUCCACCACCCUCUUUUCGGAUCAAUACUUUUGGAUUAAAACAAUAUUUGACUCGCCGCUGGAGAUUUUGUCGUCCGAACUUGCAGAGAAUUGGAAGUGUCAGAAGUAAAUUUGUGAUUCAUAAAUGGUGUCUUUGUAAACUCUGGGGUGAAGGGGCGCUGUCAUAGUUUUGAUUCUAGUUUCCUUGUAUGACUGAUGAGUUCUAUUUACAGUGCGGUUGUGGAGAUAAUUGUCAGAGGCGGGAAUAUCUUCUGUAUUUGGCAAGAGAGAUGAGGAUAUAGAGACCGAUAUCAAUCAGAACCAGAGGAUGAAGGAUAGGAUGGCAGAACCAGACAUCUUUGGUGUCCAACUAGAGGUGACCAGUCGUCUUUUAGAUGCUGAGAAGAGGAGGCUGCAGGUCCUAUCAAAGGAGCUGAGAUCCAAACAACCUGAUGUGGUCCAAGAAAAUCAAGAUGCUCGGAAGCAAAGAGACUUCGAAAGACGGAAAGCAUAUCUUGCUCGGCUUCAAAUGCAGCAUGAUGUUCUGGAGAGAGAGUUCCGAGAUGCAGCACUGGGGAUGUACAAGAGAUACCAUAGAGGGGCUAAGUCACAGAGGAGCCUACCCCAUCUGGGUAUCAAGCAGACGAACAAAAACAGAUGUUUCCACACAUGCACCCCUUGCCUGGGCUUCAGUGGGCUUCUUGUGAAGUGA